AUGCUUCCUAUAUUGCGCCGCCAGCUGCUCGUGAAGGCUCCUUUACUAUCCAGUCGUCUUCUUCAUUCCUCGAGGAUUCUCUGGAACCAACAAAAACCCGAGAAACCUUCAAAUGAGACUGAAAAAUUAAACGACCAGAAAUCACAGCCAAACUACAAGAAAAGACCUCUUAGUCGUGUCGCCAUUGGCGGAUCUCUGGAACUGAAGAAGCUUCCAGCAUCUAAGGGUAUUGAAUUUGCUGCUUGGAGAGCCGUAUUGGUUCUUAUCAUCGGUGGUGGUAUCUUCACGUGGUGGUUCUCUAGAGAGAAGGAGAAGUUGAGACUCCAGAAGGAAGUGGAGGCCAAGCGUGGUGUUGGAAAGCCUUUAAUCGGUGGAAACUUCACCUUGGUUGACGAAAAGGGUAACACUUUCACCCAGGAGAACUUAAAGAACAACCAGAAGAAGUUUUCCAUACUCUACUUUGGCUUCACACACUGUCCUGAUGUCUGUCCUGAUGAGUUGGACAAGUUGGGCGAUAUGUUGGAGGAUUUGAAACAGAACCUGAACAUCGAGUUGCAGCCAGUCUUCAUCACCUGUGAUCCUGCCAGAGACAGUUCCGAGGUGAUCAACCAGUACUUGGAAGAUUUCCACCCAAGCAUCAUCGGAUUGACCGGUACUUACGAGCAAGUCAAGAAUGUGUGUAAGAAGUUCAGAGUUUACUUCUCGACUCCGCCAGAUGUGAAGCCAGGCCAGGAUUACUUGGUCGACCACUCUAUCUUCUUCUACCUCAUGGACUGUGAAGGAAACUUUGUGGAUGUCAUUGGCAGAGAGGUUGACGCCAAGCUGGGCGCUGAAAAGAUCAAAAAGUAUGUCGAGUCGUUUGUUCCCGAGGCUGAAAGGGAGGCUCGUAAGAGUUCCUGGUUGGGAUUCCUUUAUAAAUAA